UUCGUCAUUAGAUGAUCAUGAUCUUCUAUGGAACGAACAACUUCGUUGUCUAACCAUUCAUAACAGCUGUAAUUUAAGGCAGAUAAAAUUAACCCUUCGAUAUAAAAAAUGGCAUGUCGUGGUUUUUCUGCGAUUCGAAGCAGUAAUGAUAUUAAAGCAUGUUUUAGCUUAAUGAAAAGAUUUGCUAGUAGUUCUAGCAAAGACCAAUCUACGAGUUUGACAUUACCUAAAGAUAAUCAGAUUGAAUUCAUGAAUAAAGAUGAACAGUUAUAUCGGGAUGCUAUGAAAGAUACAAUUACAGUAUCCUCUGUGGAGGAUGUUGGAUUAGCUUCAGGUGUUCCAGAAGAACAUAUAAAAACUCGUAGAGUUCGUAUUUAUCAACCUCCAAAAAAUGCUAUGCAAUCUGGAACAAAUAAUAUAAAUUAUUGGCAAAUAGACUUUGAUACACGUGAACGUUGGGAAAAUCCUCUCAUAGGAUGGACAUCAACAGGUGAUCCCAUGUCAAAUAUUAAGGUGGAUUUUGCUUCGGAAAAGGAAGCUAUUGCUCAUUGUGAAAAAAUGGGAUGGGACUAUUAUAUACAGAAGCCAACCAUUAACAAUCCUAAACCUCGUAGUUAUGGCACAAAUUUUUCCUGGAACAAACGAACUAGAGUUUCAACUAAGUAAAAGAGAUUUGUCAGGGAAGGAUAUAGCACAUAGCUUACUAUAUUUAUGUACAUAGUUUAAUAUAUUGAAUUGUUCUUGUAUGUAAAAUAUUGAAUAUGCAUUAAAUAAAUUUUU